UUGAAUAAGGGAAAAUCUGGGAAGGUUGGUAUCCUCUAAAAGGCUCAGCCGAGGGACUGGAAGUUCCUGUGCCCGCAGAGCCAUUUGUCGCUUAACAUUGCCACAGUCAGACACAGUUUGGGGAUGAGUUGUUUGAGCCAGUUUGGCAGGUUUAGACAAUGACAAAAUUCCAUGACAGCAUACCCAGGCUGUUAACCUGGCAUUUUCUCCUUACAUGGCAAGGAAUGACAGAAUGAGUUCAUGGAAAAUAGAGAACACAGUUCUACAUUAGUUCAGCUUCAAUGAACACUUGUUAGGGAUGUUUUGACAUUCAGAAAUGCUUUUUCUGAAUCUUUUUAUUAUUUGAGUAUUAAAAAAUAUUCAAGUGAAAGCCGUUGAUUAGGUGUGUUGCAAUCAUUUCAGGCGAAGUGAACAGAGUAUCAGAGUCAUUCGUCAGGCACCUAUGUUAGGAAAUUGAACUGUAAAAAUUCACCAUGGCUUAUGGCUUGCCAAGAAAGAACACAGUGAAAACCAUUUUGCGGAGCGGUUGUUAUACAGUGCAGGAACCUUGGGAUCUUGCGCUGCUUACGAAGACCUGGUAUACGAACCUAGCCAACAUCAAAUUGCCUUUCUUGGAAGAAAUUACAUUUGGUAGUCCUUUACACCCCCAAAAAUGUGAAACCAUUAAGGAUGGUCUGCUCCCUUCUGCAGAAUCCAUCAAACUUGAAAGGGACUCUGAAAUGAAGCGCCUGAAUAACCUGAAACGUCAGGAAAAUGCAGCUGAGGAAAUUCAGAUUUCCCUAAGAGAAAGGCCAGUUGGUUUGAGAAGACCUCUUCCACCUAAGUGACAGUCAUCUCAUAGUGGAAUCUGAACUCUGUGCUUUCCACAUCCGAAGGAAUGAAGGGCUCCCACCUUCCACUGUGUCAAGUUCGGUGCAGACAUCUGAAUGCCCACUGGUGGAUGAGCCAGCUCCCGUGAGUUAGUGGACAGCUCUGACGGAUCUUCUGGGUCCCUGCCACAGGCUUGUUCCUUUGUAUCACAAGCAACAGCUCUGUAAGUAGAUGAAAAUGCAGCUGGAAUUGAGUCAUUUGUGCUAUUC